GGCAGGGGGAGGGGAUGGGAUGGGGAAAGGGACAAGGAAAUGGGGCAGCCCCCUGGAAAAGAUACGAAGAGUUCCAUAGACAUCCCUUUAUUCAACUCUUAAAUAAAGUCCUUUUUAUGUCGAUAGUGGGACAAGACUAGGGAAAACCGGGUGUAAGGCUCGGUAAAAUAAAAAAAGCUCCGGGAUUCUUAUAAAAGGUAAUGCAUAUUAAGGAUCAUUUUGAACGUCAUUAUUCUUCAUUUUUCAAACGUAAACAUUGAUUGUCAUUUUUCUGUUUAAUUAUAAAUUGUAUUAUUUCCGAGCUAUUCAUAGUUUUGACGCAGCAUAUUUUUUUUACGACAAAGAUCUCAAAUUUAUCUACAAAAUUGGUAGAUAUAUGUUCGUCACGGUUACGAUGGGUCUAUGUUUGGUUCCAGUGUUUCCCGACAUAUUGAUUUGGUUUUAAUGUGUUCUAGUUGACUUUAGUUUGGUUUUUGGUUUGUAGAAAUCGAUUUUUAACAUCAUUUAAAUUAUUCUGCUUAUAAUAGAGGUCAUAAAAAAUCGUUUGUGAUGCUAUAAAGUUCAUUGUGUAUGGAGAUGAAUUCCCUAGUGAUUCAAUUUUUAGAAUUAUCGUUGUGUUGUAAAACAAGGCUUGAAAAACACAUCAUAAUGUUAUUAGCAAUACACUCUAAACAAUUAUGUUUGAUGUUAUUCAGAAAAAAGCUCACAACCUGCAACGUCAGCAUAAUGGCUGGCUUCUAUGGUUUACAUCCAUUCUCUUCAUUUUGGCAACAUCGUUUGUUGUCAUUGAACUCUACAAAAAGUGUUGCUGUAAAUUGUCCAGACAAAGAUCUUGCAGCCAAGAUUCGAGUAGAACACCAACUCCGAAGAGAAUGCAAGUUUUUUCCUGUCGAUCAUUUCGUGAACGAAGUUUAUCGACAAUUACGCGGGAAUUGUCCGACGACUUAGACGAAUCAUACGUUGUAUAAUUGUAAAUAAAUAAUAUGAAAAACAUUUUGUAAAAUAAAAUAACCUUUGUAAAAUAUUUAGUAAAUUUAGUAAAUAUUUACCUAAUUUUUCUCACUUGAAUUGAAUAGGUUAGAAAGAUUUUGAUCGCACAUUGUGAGAAAUUUAAAAACAAUUGCUUUUUGA